GCAAGAAUGGCACUGGGGAACAUGAUGAUUUGCAGAUUGUGAGCUGUAAUACUGAGAAAAAGCUACGGAAGUACAGGAAAAAAGAAAACACAAACUUGACAAGUAGACCGAUCACAGGCUAUUUGUGUCUGUAGAAAAGAACAGAACCAUGCAUCAUUCUCGUGGAAGUCACACUCAGCAGAGGAAUAGAGGGAACAGUGAAGAUGAUCCAUUAAAUGGUGAUUUUUUAGGCCUAUCUGGCUUUAGACUACCUAGAGACCCCAAUUCUUCAGGACAAAUGCAUCGACCAGUGAGACCACACUCUGAGCACAGCCCGAGGACAGGAAUUAGCAGAGGCAGAAACCAGUCUAGUUUGACUUUAGAUCAACAUUUGGUUAGAAAAGAAAAAGAUAAAAGUGAUCUCAUGGAUUCGAAGAGAUCAGAUGAUGUUCGAGGAAGAAGAAUUAAUAAUACACACUCCCAGGCACGCAGUCAACAUCCACCAAAUCAGUCUAGCAGUUCUAGGGGUAUGCUGUCCCAACGCCAUAAAAGUCCCAGGAGAUAUGGGAGUCAGAAUAUGAUUGGAGUUUUACAAAAUGAAACAAAAGAAAAAGAUAAAAGUGAUCUCAUGGAUUUGAGGCGAUCAGAUGAUGUUCGAGGAAGGAGAAUUAAUGACACACAUUCCCAGGCACGCAGUCAACAUCCACGGGAUCAGCCUAGCAGUUCUAGGGGAAUGCUGUCCCAACGCCAUAAAAGUCCGAGGAGAUAUGGGAGUCAGAAUCUGACUGGUGUUUUCCAAAAUGAACCAAAAGGGAAUGAUCAUUUAAGUGUUUUCCAAAGAAGAGGCGAUACUUCUGGAAUGAGAGCACAUAGUGUGCAGAGUCUUCUUGAUUUUUGCAUGGAUUCUAGCAAAGCAGAAGCAGGAAACAGAACUGGUUUUAAACAGAGCACUGCGUUACAUAAAGCAAAGACAUCUCAUCGUGAGAAGAAAAUUGAUUAUGUUACUAUCAAUAACUUCUCUGAAUUAGAACCAUCAGAAAUUGUUUUGAAACUAGCUGCACCAGGAAGUGGACUGAAGGAAUUUCUGAAUGAAAGCAAUGUUGAAUUUCAAUUGUUAAAGGGUUUCCUUAAAAUAUUAAAUAUAUCCAUUACAUGCAUAACCAACCGUCAAAGCCUAAUAUAUAUUCUUAGUAAAAUACAAGGUUCUAUUUUCAUAAAACAGGUGCUCCCUCUCCACAUUUUGGAUGUUAUGAGUAACGGCUCUCAGCAAGAUAAAGGAUUUUCAUUUAUUGAUAAUAUUAUUGUCUUACUCAAAGAGUUAGUAAGCAAUUUUCCAUCUAGUUCUUUUGCAGAAGUAAUGAUUGUGGAAACCUUGUUAAAAAAGGGUAUGGAUGAUAUGCUACAAAGUGGUAAGAAUUUUCCAGAAGAAAUUCAGAAAAAACUUACUGAGCUACAAUCAUUUCUCCAGUACCUACAACAGAAAAAGCAAGAAGGAACACUGAAAUCCGAUAACUAUGUUUAUAUGGUGGGAAGUAGGGGGGACAUACAAGAUAAUGAUUUUAGGAGUAUGUCAAUUUAUCCAACAGACAAGGACAUUUAUUUGGAUCAAAAUCCCUUAAUGCGCCCAAACAUUGUAAAUGGAUCAUAUCCUGAUGCUAAAUCUUACCUUGACACCCAUUUUCGUCUACUAAGAGAAGACUUUAUACGUCCUCUUAGAGGUGGAAUUUCUCAACUUAUAAGUAUCAAACAAAAGGACUUGGCUAAAGCAAAAUUUGAUGAUAUUCGACUCUAUUUUGAUACCAAGAUUUCAUCUCCUUUAUGUACUAAAGCUGGAAUAGUUCACCAGGUUGAAUUUAGCAUAGCCAAUCUGAAACAAGUCCUCUGGGAGAGUUCACGCCGUCUACUGUAUGGAUCUCUUGUUUGCCUCUCCAAUGACAACUUUAAAAACAUGUUUUAUGCUACGGUAGCUGAUAGGAAUGUUAAAGAUCUUAAAAUGGGAAUUAUUACCUUAAUGUUUACUGAAGAAAGUCGUCAGAAGCUCGCACAGUAUUCCAUAGAGGAUCGUUUUUUAAUGGUAGAAACAACAGCUUAUUUUGAAGCAUACCGCCAUGUUUUAGAGGGACUGAAAGAAAUGGUAGACAGUGAGAUUCCUUUUCAAAACUACAUAGUUAACUGUGAUACGGAAAUGUAUGCACCAUCAUAUGUGUCAGAAAACAGAACUGAUUAUAGACUGCCAAAUGCUAUCAAAGGAAGCCACUCUAACACUGAUGAGACUGUGAACUUCCUGAAAUAUUAUUUGCACAACAAACUUAGAGAAACUACUAGAAAUGAGAGUAAAUUUGAUGUGCUUGAUUUUACAACUUGGCCAACUAAAGAGGAACUAGAUCUGGAUAGAUCCCAGUUUAAAGCAUAUCAAGUAGCUUUAACAAGUGAACUUUCCAUUAUACAAGGUCCACCAGGCACAGGUAAAACAUAUGUUGGACUGAAAAUUGUGCAUACUCUUCUGGCUAACUCAAAAUUGUGGAAGGAAAAUAAAAAUCCUAUAUUGAUUGUUUGCUACACAAACCAUGCUUUGGACCAGUUCCUAGAAGGAAUUUAUAAGUAUAAUAAAUGUGAAAUAGUAAGAGUGGGAUCAAGAAGCAAUAGUGAACUGAUGCAGAGAUUUGCACUAUCAAUAAUUCGUAAAGAGAAAGGCCUUGGAAGUCUGCCGGGGUACCUGAGAGCUAUGCAUGCUGAGCUUAAAGACGAAAGAAUUAUCUUAGAACGAGAGUUGUCAAAAAAGGCAGGUUACCUAAAAAAUACAAUGAAAGGAAUUCUUCAUUUAAAUCUGCUGGCAAAACACAUGGCGCCUCAUCAUCUGGAAAGUCUGAAGUCCAAACAGAUAUCCGAAAAGAUCUUGGAAGAAUGGUUAGGUAUUUCAGCAGUCUAUCAAAAUACACCCCAGACAAGACAAGAUUUUGCAUUUUGGGGAAAUGAAAAUACAACAGAAGAAAAUGUAGACGAUUUUCACGAAGACUCAGAUGAAAAAGUUAUCGAUGAAUAUGACCUAAUAGAAGUUGAAGACGAAGUUGAGUUAUCUCAAUUGGAACGUAUGAUUGAUGAAUUAAGCAUACAAGAUGAAAUCCAGAGAGCACGGGAGCGAGCAGCUAGAGCUAAAAGAGAGAUUCUUUCAUUUGUACCUGAACAAUUAGACAAUGAUGAAGAGAACAAUAUGAUAUAUGAGGAUACGUUUCAAGUACCGAAAGAUGUAAAAAGAAAGUGGAAGAAAAAAAUUCAGCAUCAGUUAGAGAAGCUAACUUAUAUGGAUGAAUUGGACUGCAAUCGGCUUCUUGAUCUUUGGAUACUUCCACUUGCAGAACGUUGGCAGAUAUACAGAUUUUGGAGGUCAAGAUACCUCCAGUCUAUUCGACAGGAAAUCUUUUCACUUGAGAACCAAUACCAGAUAGUAAUGAACCGAAAAGCUGAGCUUAGAGAUCAGGAGGAUCUUUUAAUAUUGCAAGAAGCAGAUAUCAUUGGCAUGACCACAACAGGGGCUGCUAAGUUCAGAAGAAUACUCCAAAACAUUCAACCUAAAAUUGUAGUUGUUGAGGAAGCUGCAGAAGUAUUAGAAGCUCACAUCAUCACAGCAUUAAGUCCAGGAUGCAAGCAACUUGUACUAAUUGGAGACCAUCAGCAGUUGCGCCCAAGCACAGCCGUGUAUGAGCUGGCCAGGAACUUCAACUUAGAGGUGUCUAUGUUUGAAAGGCUGAUUUGCAUGAACGUUCCAUAUGUUCGCCUUGACUUUCAACAUCGCAUGAGGCCUGAAAUUGCUCGUUUGAUAACACCACAUAUAUAUGAUCGACUGGAAAACCAUGAGUCUGUUCUCAAUUUUCCCAAUAUUAAGGGCGUUUGUGCCAACCUGUAUUUUGUGGACCAUGAUCACCUAGAAGAGCACAUUAAAGAAGGCAAAAGUCACCGGAAUGUGCAUGAAGCUGCUUUUGUCAAAUCCCUCUGUCUCUAUUUUAUACAUCAGGGCUUUAGUCCCUCUGAGAUCACCAUCCUUACAACCUACUCUGGACAGCUCCGCUGCUUACAAGAGAUUAUGCCCAAGUCUACAUUUAAUGGUGUUCGAGUAUGCGUGGUAGAUAAAUAUCAAGGGGAAGAAAAUGAAAUUAUAAUCCUUUCAUUGGUAAGAAGCAAUUUAGAGGGAAAUGUUGGCUUCCUAAAGAUACCAAAUCGAGUUUGUGUUGCUUUGUCCAGGGCCAAGAAAGGACUAUUUUGCAUAGGAAACAUGCAACUACUCUCCAAGGUUCCCCUUUGGAGUAAAAUUAAUGAGAUGCUAAAAGCAAAUGGACAAAUAGGAAAAGAGUUGAAACUGCAAUGCCAAAAUCAUCCCAACAAUGUAUGCUAUGUAUCAAAAUCAGAAGACUUUGAGAAUGUCCCAGAAGGUGGUUGUAAAAUUCCUUGUGAGUUCCGACUGCUUUGUGGACAUGCUUGUACACUUCAUUGCCACCCUUAUGACCCAAAACAUGAAGAAUUCAAGUGUAUGAAGCCUUGUGCUAAAAAAUGUGAAAAUGGCCACAAGUGCAGAAAAGUAUGCAGCAUGUUUUGUGGGGGAUGUGAAGAGCUAGUGCAAAAGCAGAUUCCUAAUUGUGGACACAUGCAAGAUGUCCCUUGUCACAUGCCUCCAUCUAGAUUCCACUGCACAGUACCUUGUACUAAAAGUAUAGAAUGUGGUCACCAAUGUGUCCGAACCUGUUGGCAGGAAUGCACUCGCAACUGCCCGCAAAAGAUAACAGUCAAUCUGGAAUGUGGUCACACAAUUACAACUCUUUGUUAUAUAAAGUCUGAAGCAGAAACUGAAGGAACUAAAUUGGCAUGUACGCAUAAAUGUGAAGAAUUACUAAGUUGUGGUCACCAGUGCCCAGGGACUUGUGACAUUUGUCUGAAACGAGCAUCUCACAUGGACUGUACAAAGCAGUGUGGCAUUGUGCUCUUUUGCGGUCACAGCUGUGAACAGAAGUGCUCAACAGAUUGCUUUUGCUUGCGUACCUGUGAAAGAAAAUGUUUUCAUGGAAAAUGCUCUUCUAAAUGCAGUGAGCCAUGCUCCUCUUGUAAUAAAUCAUGUGGAUGGAAGUGCAAGCAUGAGAAGUGCACAAAGCUUUGCUAUGAGCCUUGUGAUAGGGACGCUUGUGAUGAACCUUGUUGGAAAAAACUUAAAUGUGGUCACCCAUGCAUUGGGCUAUGUGGGGAACCUUGUCCAAAAAAGUGCAGAAAAUGUAAUGCUGAUGAAGUGAGUGAAAUAGUUUUUGGCAAAGAAGCUGACCCACUAGCCCGUUUUGUCCAGCUGAUGGAUUGUUCUCACUUUUUUGAAGUAACAGAAUUCACCAAAUGGAUGAAUCAGGAGGAACCAGAUCAAAUGAUCAAGUUUAAAACUUGCCCGACAUGCUCAACACCUGUUAGGCAAAGUUUGAGGUUUGGUACUAUAAUCAAGAACACUUUUGCUGAUCUUGAAACCAUCAAAGAGAGAAUCAUUUACAAAUGGAUGAAUUAUUUGGAAGUAAUCCUCAGUGAAAAUGAAGAAAUAUUAAGGCACUUUCCAGCAGUUACUCAGUUAAUGCAAGAAGCAGAAGGAAGUCCAAUUACUUUGCGUACAUUGAUGCUAGCAGGUGAAAAAAUACAAUUCUGUCUGAAGCUUGGUGCAAUCAAAGAAAAGUUGCAAGAAGCUCUGGAACCGACCCCUUUUAUAGAUAAACAAAUUAAUUUUCUUUAUAACAAGGUUAAAAAUGCUAAAAGUAAGCAUGACCUUUUGGAACAACACUAUCAUUUAUUAUCCAUAUUAGCUGUUGAUGUUGAGAUUUUAAUCCUUGAAAAAAACGUUACCAUGUUUUCUCUUGAGAAAAUCAAAAAUCUUGUCAAGCAAAGCAGGGCUAUCCAAAAUAACAAUGCAGCUUUUGAUGCUCUAAGGGCUGAAUUGAGAAAUAUGCCAAUAGAAAUGAAACUUAUUAGCUUGGUAGACAACAACAAAUGCAUUCUCAACAAUGAAAUUCUGAGACAAGACUACUGGUACAAAUGUUCUGCUGGACACAUCUACUGUUGGUUAAAAGAUAAAGACCAUAUGCCUGCUUGUCCACAGUGCAGCUGUGAUGAUGUUCAAAAUGAUGAAGAUGAUGAUGAAAACUAAGAUCAGUUCCUACAAUGAUAGAUUUUAGCACAUCAUUUAUCUCCGGUUCGACCUUAAAAAGAUAGAUAAUCCCUUUAUUACCCAAUCCCCUGUUUUGCAUAACUAACAUGGUUAUAUUAUUAUACUUUUUACCUCUGUGAUUACCUUGUAUCAAAGCCUUUGCAGAAUGCCCCCUUAUUUCAGUUGUAUUGUCAGACUUGCAUUUAGCCAAUCAGUGCCCUCUCACUUGUAAAUUCCGGGCGUGGUCACAAUGUUAUCUAUAUCAAACACAUGAAAUUGCGCACUCUAGCUGUGAAAAACUGCCAAAUGCAAAUUUGAUAACAAAAAAAGUGAAUUGGAAAGUUGUUUAAAAUUGCAUUCCCUAUCUAAAUCAUGAAAGUUUAAUUUUGACUAGACUGUCCCUUUAAGAGCUGGCCUAUCUUUGGUUCAGCACCUGGGUAGCGCUUGCUGAUUGGUGACUAAAUGUAGCCACCAAUCAGUAAGUGAUACCCAGGGUUCUGAACCAAAAAUGGUCCGGCUCAUAAAUUUACAUUUCUGCUUUUUCAGAUAAAGAUACCAAAAGAAUGAAAAAAAAAUGAUAAUAGGUGUAAAUUAGAAAGUUGCUUAAAGUUGUAUGCUCUUUCUGAAUCAUGAUGGGAUCAGUAUCCCCUUAAAGGUUAUUCACACAGUAGCAUGUAACACUGUAAUCAUAUGUUCUUGUGAAAGGCACAUACACAUAAUGUUACUUAAAGGGACAGUAAAGUCAAAAUUGAAUUGUAAUGGCUCAGAUAGAACAUGCAAUGUUAAACAACUUUGUAAUUUACUUCUGUUAUGAAAUUAGCUUUCUUCUCUUGGUAUCCUUUGUUGAAGACUCAACCAAAGUAUACUGAUAGGAGUUUAGUAGUAUGUACAUGUCUAUAACAGUCUAUGGCAGCAAUGUUUGUAACUAUGUAUAACAUUUCUAUAAAUAAUGUUGUAAACACUGCUGCCAGAUGGCUAUAGACAUGUGCGCACUCCUGAGCUCAGCCAGCAUUACUUGUUAACAAAGGAUACCAAAUAACUAAGCAAAAUUUAUUGAAUAGAAAUACAUUGGAAAGUUCUUUAAAAUAUCGUGCUCUAUCCAAUCCAUUUAAGAUUAAUUUUGACUUUACUUUCCCUUUAACCAAUUACAAACUUUAUCACCCAGUUCUUACUUACUUUGUAACAUUUAUUUCUAACAUAACUUAUGCAGUUUGGUGACAAUAGGGCUGAAAUAUGCUUUUGUAAAUAUAAUAAAUAUUUGUUUGGUGUGUGUAGACUCCAAUGUCUAUCCUAGUAUAAUUACACUUUUGUUAUGUGCACAUAAAAAAGUAGUAGUUUUUACUGUUCUUAUUGAAGGAUAUUUCACCUAACUUUCCUCUUGCAGCCCUCUUUUCACAAAACCCUAUUUGUAAGUUUUAAUUUGCAAUCUAUAACAUAUUCUGACUUUUCUUGUAGUUGUAUUCCUAUUAAACAUAUGGUUAAUAUUUGUAGGCUUAUUCUUAUAACCCAAAA